GUAAUAAGAUUGCUUAGUCUUUGAUAUCAAGUUUUACUUCAAUAUAUGUGCCAUCUAAUAAAAUGAAGCUUUUUAUUUUGACAUUGUGGAUUUCAUGCUUUAUUAGUAUACACUGCCAAAUUGUAACACUAAAUGGGGCAUGGACAGGGACCAUUAAUAUCUGUGAUAAGAAGUCCUAUGAAAAAUGUAACAAUGAUAUCAAUUUUAGCGCGACUGUUCCUGGAGGAAUUUAUACAGACUUAUAUAAGAAUAACAUAAUAGAGAACAAUUUGCUUGGAAGAAAUGAUAUUAAUAAUCGUUGGGUCGGAAAUCAAUCUGUCACUUACAUAAAAAAUUUUAGAGUGAGUGAUAAUUUUCUAAAAGCUCGUAAGAUAGUGUUAGUUUUUCACGGAAUCGAUACGUUUGCCAAUGUUUCUUUGAACAAUCACAUCCUCGGAGAGACUUCAAAUAUGUUUUUAAGAUAUAUUUUUGACGUAACAGAUUUUAUCAAGAAAGAACAGAAUGUAUUAAAAGUUAGCUUUCGUUCGGCUGUUAAAGUAGCCGAAGAUUUAUACAAUGAGCAAAAGAAUCAUUACGUUAUACCACCAGUAUGUAUACCUAAGGAAUACAAUGGAGAAUGCCAUGUAAAUCACAUUCGUAAGAUGCAAGCCAGUUUCUCAUGGGAUUGGGGUCCUGCUUUUCCCUCGAUUGGGAUUUGGAGAGAUGUUGAAUUGAUUUCCAUAAAUGAUAUAUUGAUUAAUGACAUUGCGACUGACAUACGCAAAGAAAAUAAUACCUGGAACAUCCUUGUUACAAUAUUUCUUGAGACAACACAGAGUAAGGACGAAGAAUUCAUAGGAAUUAAUUGUCACAUAGCAUCGAUAUUGCAUAUUGCACAAAACAAAGUUGUUAGCAAUACCAGUGAAGUUGUACUUGAUGCAAGUGAAAAGUACAUAAAUGUUAACAUUUCGCUCACCGUGCCUGCAGAUGCCGUUGAGAACUGGUGGCCGAAUGGUUAUGGCAAGCAACACUUGUACUAUUUAACUACUACUGUGACAACGGCGAAUGAUGUAUUAUUCAAACGGAUUCGUAUAGGCUUCAGAACGGUGCAGCUCGUGGAAAAAUCUUUGGAAAAAGGGCUGAGCUUCUAUUUUCGCAUAAACGAUAUACCAAUAUUCGCUAAAGGCAGCAACUUUAUUCCAGCCAGUAUUUUCCCUGAGCUAAGCGCAAAAGAAGAUACCAUCAGAGACUUGUUGUUAUCUGCCAAAGAGACGCAUAUGAAUAUGCUAAGAGUAUGGGGCGGUGGUGUUUAUGAGUCGAAAUUAUUUUACGACUUGGCUGACGAAUAUGGGAUCAUGAUAUGGCAAGAUUUCAUGUUUGCAUGCGCUAUGUACUCUACGAGUCAUUCAUUCUUAAAGAGCGUAAAAGAAGAAAUAUUACAAAACGUAAUACGUUUGAAAAAUCAUCCAAGUAUCGUUCUUUGGGCUGGGAAUAACGAAAACGAAGCAGCGCUUUAUGGUAAUUGGUAUGGUACCGGUUCUGCUCAUGUGUAUAGAGAGGAUUAUGUGAAACUUUAUGUGAAUCUAUUGAAGACAGAAGUGAAGAAACUAGAUCUGACAAGACCAUUUGUCGUGUCUAGUCCGGGCAACGGGGCGUAUGAAGAAACAUACAAUUAUACUGGAGUAAAUCCUUAUUUAAAUCUCUACGGUGACGUCCAUUAUUACAAUUACAUUAGAAAUAGUUGGGACAUCACUCAGUAUCCUCGGACAAGAUUUUGCUCCGAAUAUGGAUUUCAAUCUUGGCCAUCGAUUUAUACGAUAGCAACUGCUAUAGAAAGCACAAAAGAUCUUCAUAUUGAUAGCGACUUCGUGAAGCAUAGACAACAUCUGCCACUCGGCAAUCAAUAUAUGCUGCAGCUAAUCUCGAAUAACUUUGCUGUACCGCAAAGUAACGACAGCAUCCGAGAUUUCGCAAGUUAUAUAUAUCUUAGUCAGAUCAAUCAAGCUGUCUCUGUAAGAAUACAAACGGAAAUGUACAGGCAAGCCAAAUCUGAAGUGAAUUCCAUAGGUGAGGGUAUGACAAUGGGAGCUCUCUAUUGGCAAUUGAACGAUGUCUGGCAAGCUCCUUCAUGGUCUUCCAUAGAUUAUGAAGGUCGUUGGAAAAUGCUUCACUAUUAUGCCAAGGAUUUUUUCGCGCCUAUUAUUGUUACAUCGUAUUUGUCUGUUUCCAGUGAACUCUCGAUAUAUAUAGUGUCUGAUCGAUUGUAUACUUUAACAAAUUGUACAGUAAAACUUCAUGUUUACAAAUGGGAAUCCAUGAAACCUAUAUCCGUAUUAUUCUUCAAUAAUAUCGUAAUAGAAUCUAAUAAAGCCACGAAAGUUACAUCCUUUUGGUUAGACAGAUUCCUGUUUCAAGUAGGUUGUGGAACAUUGAAAUCUGCCAAAAGAUCUUGCAUCGCCACUUUAUCUUUUACGGAUAAAUCUGGAUCCCUAAUUGCGCCAAUUAAUUAUAUAUAUCCUGAUGCGUUAAAAAACGCAGAUAUACCAGUAGCCAACGUUACUAUGAAGAUCGAAAAAAACCAUUUACCUGGAAAACUUUCCAAUUAUGCAGAUUUUAAAAUUGUAUUAUCGACAGAUAAAAUAGCACUUUUCGUAUGGUUAGAAAUAGGUAAUAUACGAGGUCGUUUUUCGGAAAAUGGCUUUCAUAUGUUUGCAAAAAGGAAGAAAAUCAUUUUUCAUGCAUAUGAAGCAACAACGGUUGAAUUAUUGCAGAACAAUAUAAAACUCACACAUAUAUCAGACAUUUACAAUGCAUAUGGUAAUUUUUAUAGUGAUUUUGUUAAAAGAACAAAUUUAAAUUAGUCAUGCGUAAAGUUAUCUUGUAUCAUGCAUUAUAUAAUACAUGAGGUAUCUGGUUGAGAAUUA